AUGUCAUCUGACGAUAGCUCCAACUCUUCUAAUUCCUCUUCCAAUUCAGAAAAUAGCCAAACCCAACGAUAUGAAAGACGAAGGCAAGCCAAUCGCCAGUUCGAUCGAAUGAUGGAUGAAGUUUUUAUGUCCAAUCCAGUUGAAGUAUAUCAAAUGUUUAAUCAAGUGCCAAGGCCACCAAGGGUUCCCGUUCCAAGGGAUCGUGAGGAUGGACACAGUCGUUUAUGGAAUGACUACUUUACCGACCAUCCUGUGUUCCCUCCACAAUUAUUCCGUCGGAGAUUUCGCAUGAACAAACAUAUAUUUCUCCGAAUUAAGCAAACUUUAGAAGAACGUCAUCCCUUCUUCCAGCAAAGACAAGAUGCUACAGGAAGAUUUGGUGCCUCUGCAUUACAAAAAUGCACCGCGGCUAUAAGACUAAUAGCUUAUGGCACCUCCGCUGAUUCUGUGGAUGACUACAUUCGGAUUAGUGCAUCUCUUGCAAGAGAUUCACUUCAGCAUUUUGUGGAAGGAAUAGUCUCUUACUUUAGUGAUGAAUACCUUCGAAAGCCCAAUGAAGAAGAUCUAGUAAGACUAUUAAGGAUUGGUGAACGUCGUGGAUUUCCUGGCAUGUUAGGUUCUAUUGAUUGUAUGCAUUGGAGGUGGAAAAACUGUCCACUUCGAUUAAAAGGUAUGUUUUCUGGAAGACCAGGUAAACCCACAUUAAUCUUGGAAGCUGUGGCAUCAUAUGAUCUUUGGAUCUGGCAUGCCUUUUUUGGGACACCAGGUAGUCGUAAUGAUAUUAAUGUUCUUGAUAGAUCCCCAUUGUUUAAUGAUGUUUUUGAAGGUUGUGCACCCUCUAUUAACUAUGUUGUGAAUGGUCGCACAUACAAUAUGGGAUAUUAUCUCACUGAUGGUAUAUAUCCUAAAUGGGCGGCAUUCAUUCCUACAAUAUCACUACCACAAAAUGAAAAAGAAGGUCUAUUUGCCAAAGUACAAGAAGCUAAACGAAAGGACGUUGAGUGUGCUUUUGGAGUAUUACAAGCUCGUUUUGCAAUAAUACGGAAUCCAGCGCUAGCUCGUGACGCAUCAAUGUUAGGAAAAAUAAUGAUAGCGUGUAAAUGCACAAUAUGA